UCCAGGCUGGAAGACGAGCUCAAGGACAAAGUUGCAAAGGAGCAGGAUAUCAGCAAAAUCGACAGGGUGUUCUACAACAAGGGCCUGUAAAUGUAAUAUCAAACCGAUCUGAUUUAACAUUGAUGGUUGAUUAGUUUAAGGACAACUCAACUCUCAGGGCAAUAUAUGUAGCACGUGACGAGACACUUAAGUUAAUUUAUUUGCGGCUCAAUUUUCGAGCAAUUAAAAUAGUUUGCCAACUCCGCGCUUUUCUUGUAUGUAGCUUUGGCUGAGCCUCUAAAUGACAAUAAGUAGGUUUAAAUAAAAAUUUGUUUUGAAAA